AUGAAUCUGCAUGGCCCAGAUCACAGCUGCCUGCUCUUGAAAGCCGGCAUGGACGCACAGAAGGCGGGGGUCAUGGACUUGAUUUGGCACAGCCCUGAGGACAAACAGCCCCAAAUCGACUUCUACGACCUGAUCCCGUUGUACCAGUUCGCGAAGAGUAAAGCGGUGAGCCGCUCAGUGGACAAGCACAUGCGGAAGUUGUGGAAGAUGGAGCAGGGGAAAGCCUUGGUGCACUUGACCGUCUUCAAGGAGGAGUCCAUCAUGUCCUCGAAGAACAUCCGGCGUCAACAGACCACCCUGGGCUCCUUCCUGUGCUCCGCGCUGCGGGACGAGCUGGAGGCGGACUGCGUGGUCUUCGACGGCGGCAACAUCCGAGGACGAUCGGGACUACGUGCCGCAGGCGGAGCACCACUUGGGCAAGCGCUGGGUCUUCACCCUCUCCGAUCUGGAGCAGGAGAACUCCCCUGGUCCUCGGACAUGGUCGUCAUAGUGCUGAGUGGUGGCCAGCUGGCGGAGGCGAUCAAAGUCAGCCGCACAGAGAAACGGGGCACUGGGGGCUUUUUCCAGAUGGACACUGGCGUCCGAUGGGAAGCGGAGGAAGUGACCCAUAUUGCCAACGAGCCCCUGGACAAGGCCCGCAUGUAUUGCGUUGGCCUCAUGCAUGCCAGCCUUGCCGGCAUGAACGACAACCACGUCUUCAAGGAGUGGAGGCAGGACCACAUCAUGCCGAAGGAGAGGAUGCAGGCAAACCUGCCAAAGAACUCCUGA